CUCUCAUCAUACGCAAUCAGCAAUCGACACGUGCUUAAUUUAAAUUACUAAAUUACCCUUCCAUACCAACCAAUAUCUUUGUGAUAAUCUCUUCAUUUUUCUCUUCUUUCCCUUUUCCUCCUUUAGUUCUCUCUUUUUUUUUCUCCGCAUUUAUAUAUAUUUUUUAAUCUUAAUUUUAUUUCUGGAUCUAUUAGUCUGGGAUUUUAGUUAAUCGAUGUAAGCAUCUGGGUUAAAAAGGUUUGGGAUAUUUCUUGAAUUUAUUGAUCCAAUCAAGUGAGGUGAUGUAAACUUCUUGAGCUCCUGCUGCCGUAUGUGAGUUAAAUUGUAUCUACCUCUGGUGUACAACAAAUGGGUGAAUGCGACUACUGUGGUAACUUGAGGACGAUGAUACUGCAGAAUGAGUUAUCCACAUCUUACCAGUUUGAUCUUCUCCUUUCUCCCAUUGUCUCAUUUUGGGGUUGUAUUGUUCGUAAGAUAAGGUAUAAUUACAGUCCCGAGUGGGUGUAGUAUCCAAAGUCAUCAUUAUUGUUCAAAAAGUGUGAUAAUAUAGAGAAGAUAGAAUAAAACAGGAGAGUAAUUGUUGAAAUAAAUGAGUGAUAGUUAAGAGUAAAUGUACACUCCGUAAAGUAGUUUAUAUUUUAAAAUCUUACUAACAUACUACAGUCAAGAGAUUCAUCGGACUUAAAGGCCGAAGAUGGAGUCAGAAAAACCCGCACACGUGAAAAAGCCAAAGAAGAAGCAGGUGAAGGAUGAGUUCGAUCGCAUUAAGCAAGCCGAGAAGAAAAGGAGGAGGUUGGAGAAAGCUUUGGCGACUUCUGCUGCCAUUCGAAUGGAGCUCGAGAAGAAGAAACAGUUGAAGCAAGAAGAGCAACAGAGGCUCGAUGAAGAGGGUGCUGCAAUUGCUGAAGCGGUUGCUCUCCAUGUUUUACUUGGAGAAGACUCCGAUGACACGCCUAGAAUCGUUCUUAACAAAGAGGAAGACUUCGGCACUUGGCAUCGUGCCCUUUCAUCCCAUCAAAACCGAAAGUGCUCUGUUGAGAGUUUUGGCUGGUUUCCAGGAGCUUACGGACAAGAGCGAGAGUGGAAUCACUUUGGAGAAAUCCGUCAGCCACUUUCUUUGUUUCCUCUCGAGAAAAACUUCCGCUUGCCAUGCUUUGAGGAUGGAUCUUGGAGCCACGAUGAUAUCUCUGCCGGGCUCAUCGCAGCACAGGCUGUUUCAUCCCUCCAGAUCGAAGACGAUGCACGUGUCGACGGUUUUCUUCAACCGAUGUUGAGAUGGCCGAAUUAAGGGUUUUAAUUAUAUUCAAUAUAGAAUGAGGCAGAAUAGCACUGAAUAAUCAAUGAAUGUGUAUAUACUGCUGCCCUGAUACGCCUUUUUUUCUUUUUUUAGUACCCAAGACUUUGAUUACUUUGUUGUGUCGAUCGUGAUUCCUUUCUUUGUGGUUUAGUUCUUUGUGUUCGUUGUGUUUUGUAGAGGAUGAAUUGAGUUGUUUUUUGUCGAGACUGGGAGAUACUGAUUACUGAUAGAUUGACAAUAUAUUUGUGAUUGUGCUUUAAA